AUAUUUAUGGUUGGUACCGAGAGUCAAGAAGGGUCUCGGCCAACGCCCACUCGCAACCUUACCCUGGCCUUGACCGAGCACGCUCGGUCACCGCUUGACAUACCUCGUUACAUCUCAACAGAGAAAACUGGCCUGCCUCCCGGUGGUAGACAUCUACCACCUCGCCAAAUUGGGACCUCAGCUCACGCGAAGUUGAGGGUAUUCGCAGUUGUCGUCUUCGGCGAGUCAGUCACAUGAGGGCCGGCAGCAAGGCGCUCGGCCUUGUUGCUGCUGGUUGCGUCCUGGGAAGUGCGCUGGGCCAGGGAAGCGAGUGCACUGCCUCAACGGAUGCAAGCUUCGACUACCAGGUGAUAGCCGAGGAUGGCUUCACCGUCUACUGGACCGUGGACACCGCCGCUGAGGAGGUCACGAUGCAGGUGGUUUACGACGGGGAGGGCUUUGUCGGCCUAGGAUUUUCGAGCACCGGUGCCAUGGUCCCCGCUGACGCUGUCGUAGGACUGCCGGAUGAAGGCACCGCCUUGGAGUAUGACCUCUCCACCUACGCACUCUCCUCAGACAACGAGCACGAGACCCAGGAGAUCUCGGGCGCGAGCGUGACCCAGGCGGAUUCCACCACCACCCUGGUCUUCACGCGGCCGCUGUCCCCAGCCGACGACUCCAAGACCGUUCUCUCCGCCGAGGAAGGGGAAAAAGCUACCUUCAUAUGGGCCUACGGGAGCUCGAACACCUUCCAGUACCACGAGGCGAGGGGAGACUUCACGGUGAGCGACCUGCUGUGCUCUGAGGUAGUGGAGGAGGAGGACGACGAUAGCGAGGGGGACGAUGCCGCCGAUGCCGCCGAUGCCGAGGCGGCGGCAGAGAACUGCGCGAGCUCCGACCCGGACUUCGAGUACGAGGUUGCGCCUCACGAGGACCUGGCGCUGUUCUGGAGCGUGGUGGGGACGUCGGUGUCGGUGAAGGCGGUGUACCAGGGGGAGGGGUACCUAUCGAUCGGGUUCUCGGAUUCCGGUAGCAUGCCGGGGUCAGACGCUGUGAUUGGUCUGCCGGAUGAGGCCACUGCUUUGGAAUACGACAUGGACAGCUACGGCACGCCCGAGGAGGCAGCAGACCAGGAAAUUUCUAACGCUACCAUCACGCAAGUCGAUGGCGUGACCACCCUGACUUUCGUCCGACUCCUGGAGCCGGCGGGCGACGGGAAGCAGAUCCUGAGCGUGUCGGAGCCCACCGCGUGGCUGUACGCCUGGGGCGGUUCGAACACCUUCCAGGAGCACUCCACACGCGGCGCCGUUUCUCUCACCCUCGACUCCUGUACGGUGGGGGACGCGGGGGGCGGAGGUACUAGCACGGAGUACGCGCACGGCUGGCUCAUGGCCCUCGGCUGGACUCUCUGCUUCCCGGCGGGCAUUAUGUACGCCCGCUUCUCAAGCAGCUUCAAGGACAUUGGUUUCCCCGCCCACCGGCUGCUCCAGAGCCUGGGUAGCGUCUUCGUGAUCAUUGGGUUCUUCUGCGCGGUAGCCUUUACAGAAGACUUCGGCCUAGACCACUUCUCCAACACACACGGCAAGGCCGGGUUAGUCCUGACGAUCUUCGUGAUGCUGCAAGUCUUGGCGGCUGUCUUCCGGCCGAGCAAACCUCCGGCGGGAGCUGUGAUUCAAGACGCCAAUGGCCAGGCGAAACCGGCUCCAGUGAGCAAGGUGCGGCAGGCGUGGACUCUACUGCACAGGGGCUUGGGGUACAUCACCGUCACCUGGGCAGUGUUCCAGUGUUUGGGAGGUAUCGACCUCCUAGAAGUGGACGACGUCUGGUGGGCCCUCUACAUUUUCCUAGUCAUCGCCGUUAUCACCGCCUUCGUCGUCCUGCAGACGCUGGCCUACUGCCGCUCCAAGCGCGAUGAACCGGUGGACUACUCGCGACCUCGGUCCCAAGCGGGAUCUGUACCGGCCUCCACAGGCACUCGGCGGCCAUAUCCGCAGCCCGCCACAGCUACCCGCAUGGAGUAUUAACGUAGCAGGCCGUAAUGCUAUCUGUUGUUCUGGGGCUUGAUGGGCCUCAGAGGGGGGGGGUGGAGGGUGCAGCAGAAUCAGUCUGGGGUACCCACAUCACAGUCGAGGUGCAUGCGCCAUCUCUAUCGUCGACAUAGGGAGUCUCUCAGCCAUCGCAAUCUUUGUCGUCUACGCAGGGAGGACGAGACUACAGUAGGUUGCAUAAGAUAUCACACCCCCUGUAACAAUUGUCCAAGCUUGAUAUUGUACCUUCUUUCGAAGCUGGAAAAUCAGUGACGGUGCCGAAAAUGGCGUUAGGCGUUGGAACGGGUUCGUCGAGAGUUUCCCGAAAACGUAUACUUCAUUUCGGCGUCCUCUUCUUCGUGGAGUAAUCGAUCUUUGAAAAUCGGCCCAGGGGGUGUGAUAU